GACGUGAUCGUGGUGGGCGCGGGCAUCAUGGGCAGCUGCGCGGCGCACGCGGCGGCGUGCCGCGGCGCCCGGGUCCUCCUCCUCGAGCGCUUCGACCUGCUCCACCACCUCGGCUCCUCGCACGGCCACUCGCGCACCAUCCGCGACGCGUACCCGAAGGCGCGCUACCCGCCCAUGGUCCGCCUCGCCCGCCGCCUCUGGGGCGACGCCCAGGCCGACGCCGGCUACCGCGUGCUGACCCCGUCGCCGCACCUCUCCAUGGGCCCGCGCAGCAACGCCGCGCUCCUCGCGGCCGUGGAGAACGGGGGCGCCGCGGAGGUGGACAUGGGCGGGAGGUGGGGAGGCGGCGUGUUCCGCGUCCCGGACGGCUGGGUGACGGCGGUGAGCGAGCUCGGCGGCGGCGUGCUUGACGCCACCAAGGCGGUCGCCAUGUUCCAGGCGCUGGCCGUCAAGAAGGGCGCCGUCGUCAGGGACAACAAGGAGGUCGUCGGUAUCGUCAACAAGGACGGAGGAGGGGCUGGCGUCUGGGUGACGACGAGCGACGGCGAGGAGUUCCACGCCGCCAAAUGCAUCGUGACCGUCGGCGCAUGGACGAGCAAGCUGGUCAGGUCCGUCGCCGGCCUGGAGCUGCCCAUCCAGCCGCUGCACAUGCUCACCCUGUACUGGAAGAUCAAGCCAGGCCACGAGCGAGAGCUCACUGCGGCGGCCGGGUUCCCGACCUUCUCCAGUUACGGGGACCCCCACGUGUACAGCACGCCGUCGCUGGAGCUCCCGGGCCUCAUCAAAAUCAACUACGACGGCGGGCCGCCGUGCGACCCCAAUAGCCGGGAUUGGGUCUCCGGUGGUGGAGACGCCGCUGAUCGGGUCGCCCGCUGGAUCGAGGAGUUCAUGCCGGGCCACGUGGUGACCGUCGGCGGGCCAGUCGUUCGGCAGUCAUGCAUGUACUCCAUGACUCCGGACAAAGACUUUGUGAUCGAUUUCCUCGGCGGGGAGUUCGGCCGCGACGUGGUGCUCGGUGCCGGCUUCUCUGGGCAUGGGUUCAAGAUGGGGCCGGCAGUGGGGAUGAUCCUCGCCGAGCUGGCCAUCGACGGCGAGGCCAGGACGGCGGCAGAGGCCGGGGUGGAGCUCCGGCACUUUAAAAUCAACCGGUUUAAGGGAAAUCCAACGGGGAACAGCAAGGACAAUUAA